UUUGUGAAGUGGCGAAGGAGGUGGUGGCUGCCGCGGGUUCCGGGCAGCCGUUCGGGCUGGGGCUGUCGGCCGCGGGGCUGAGGCACUCGCGCGGGGGGUAAUUCAGGGUCUGGGUUCUGGUGCCGCGCAGCUUUCCCUGAUGGCCCACUGCGUGACCUUGGUUCAGCUGUCUAUUUCCUGUGACCAUCUCAUUGACAAGGACAUCAGCUCCAAGUCUGACCCACUCUGUGUCCUUUUACAGGAUGUGGGAGGGGGCAACUGGGCUGAGCUUGGCCGGACUGAACGAGUGCGGAACUGCUCAAGCCCUGAGUUCUCCAAGACUCUGCAGCUUGAGUACCACUUUGAGACAGUCCAGAAGCUACGCUUUGGAAUCUAUGACAUAGACAACAAGACACCAGAGCUGGGGGAUGAUGACUUCCUAGGGGGUGCUGAGUGUUCCCUAGGACAGAUUGUGUCCAGCCAGGUACUGACCCUCCCCUUGAUGCUGAAGCCUGGAAAACCUGCUGGGCGGGGGACCAUCACGGUUUCAGCUCAAGAGUUGAAGGACAAUCGUGUGGUAACCAUGGAGAUAGAGGCCAGAAACCUAGAUAAGAAGGACUUCCUGGGAAAAUCAGAUCCAUUUCUGGAGUUCUUCCACCAGGGUGACGGGAAAUGGCACCUGGUGUACAGAUCUGAGGUCAUCAAGAACAACCUGAACCCUACAUGGAAGCGCUUCUCAGUCCCAGUUCAGCAUUUCUGUGGUGGGGACCCCAGCACACCCAUACAGGUGCGAUGCUCCGAUUAUGAUAGUGAUGGGUCACAUGAUCUCAUCGGUACCUUCCACACCAGCUUGGCCCAGCUGCAAGCAGUCCCGGCUGAGUUUGAAUGCAUUCACCCUGAGAAGCAGCAGAAAAAGAAAACUUACAAGAACUCUGGAACCAUCUGUGUGAAAAUUUGCCGGGUAGAAACAGAGUAUUCCUUCCUGGACUAUGUGAUGGGAGGCUGUCAGAUCAACUUCACUGUGGGCGUGGACUUCACUGGCUCCAAUGGAGACCCCUCCUCACCGGACUCUCUGCACUACCUGAGUCCAACAGGGGUCAAUGAGUACCUGACGGCACUGUGGAGUGUGGGCACCGUGGUUCAGGACUAUGACUCAGACAAGCUGUUCCCAGCGUUUGGAUUUGGGGCCCAGGUUCCCCCUGACUGGCAGGUCUCGCAUGAAUUUGCCUUGAAUUUCAACCCCAGUAACCCCUACUGUGUAGGCAUCCAGGGCAUUGUGGAUGCCUACCGCCAGGCCCUGCCCCAAGUCCGCCUCUAUGGCCCCACCAACUUUGCACCCAUCAUCAACCAUGUGGCCAGGUUUGCAGCCCAGGCUGCACAUCAGGGGACUGCCUCGCAAUACUUCGUGCUGUUGCUGCUGACUGAUGGUGCUGUGACCGAUCUGGAGGCCACACGUGAGGCUGUGGUGUGUGCCUCGAACCUACCCAUGUCAGUGAUCAUUGUGGGUGUGGGUGGCGCCGACUUCGAGGCCAUGGAGCAGCUGGACGCUGAUGGCGGACCCCUGCAUACACGUUCUGGGCAGGCCGCUGCCCGUGACAUUGUGCAAUUUGUACCCUACCGCCGGUUCCAAAAUGUGAGUGGGUGCAAAUUUGAUCUGGGAGUUUACCCUUUCACCUUAACCUGAUACUUUGGGCAGCUGUUCUGGGCCACCACUGACCUCUCCCAGGGUUGGGUCCCGCUCAAGCCACUUCCACCCUCAGCCAAGGACCCGGCAGAGGCCCCCCAGGCCUAGGUUCCCUUGGAGGCUAUGGCAAGUCCUCAAUCCUGUGCCCCAGAGGUCCCUCUGGGCCACAACCCAAUGCUUCAUACUCUCCUCGGUGCUAGCAUUUUGUAUUUUUUGAUACGUUUAUACUUAUUUCUGCUAUUGCUGCUCUUGAUCCCACCUUCUUGCUCCUGACAACCCUCGUUUAAUAAAGGCCAGUGAAGA